AUGCGGGCUAAUAAAAAUGAAUUAGCAAAAUUUGAGCGUUUGUUAUUAACAUGGAAUAACAUUGGAAAAAAGCUUGAAUUAGCCUAUUUGAACAUAAUACGAAACAAAAAUAAAAUUGAAGAAAAGAAUAAAUUAAUGAGUGAUCAUUCAAGCAGAAACACUGUAACACCGUCAGUUGAUGAGCCAACUGGAAAGAAAUCCUUGAUUUCCCAUGUCGAUAAACGUUCAACCAGAUUUAGAUCAACACCGUUUAGUGGUUCAAAACGUCUAUCAAAAAACAAACAAAUAAAAUGUGGCAAAACAAAACCAAAGAAAACUAAUAAAGUCGCUGGAACAAUUUCAAAACGAAAAAUAAUUUCGCGUGAAAAAAAAGAUAAAGUUGUUUAUCCGAGAAAUUCAUCGCUUCAAAAAUCACAGAAUCUAACAAUUGCGACAGUGGCAAAACAUGUAACAAGACAAGCAGAACAAGAUCAACCAUCUAUUCUGUCACCUGCCUCCUUGUCAACAGUUGUUCAAGAGAAACUGUCAGCUAUAACUACAAUUUCAUCUGUCUCGCCAGAACAAUCUCCAAAACGUGAUCUGUCACUCCAUGACUCUCAUACACGUAAACCAUCAAAAGAUCAGCGACUACUAGACUGUGUUAGAGAAAUAAUUCGAAGAGGGAAACUGACUCAAUAA